AUAUUUGUUACUACGUAAACAACAGGGAAUUUGUGAAAAAUCUGUACCUCAAAUUUGUCAUCUACUGUUAAAAUCUACUACACAAAACAGGUGAAUUAUAUAAUUAACUGAUAACUUUCAUACUUUAUAUAUAUAAUUUUGUUUUUUAAGUGAGCAGUUUACUUGGAAAUAAAUUUAAUUCGUCAAAAUUUGAAAAAUUAUAAUGGCCGAUGAAGCACUUGCAAAGGCCGGUCUGCACUUUGAUGAUCUAAAUGCUAUCAGAGUCUUGGAACCUCAAAUAUCUCAGGAAACUCUUGAGUUGAAAGAAGAAUGUCACGAUUUCAUUGAAAAAAUGACCGAAUUUAAAAGGAUAGUUGCGGUAUUCGUCGAUGUUAUCAAUAAAGUUUCUGAAGCGGUUGAAAAGGAAAAGCUGAAAGCUAUUGGAUCCAGAAAUUUGUUAAAGAGUAUGGAAAAACAACGCGAGGCUCAACAACAACAGUUAUUAGCUUUGUUGAGUGAAAAAAAAAUGCAAUUAGAGAGGUUGAGAGUUCAACAUGAGGCACUGCAGAAGCAAGAAGCCGAACAGAAUGAUUUCAUUGAACAGUUUAUAUUAAACAAAUAG